UGUACUCAACCAUGUGAUUUUAAUGAUUUUUUAGUCUUCGAUAAAGAACCAUGUGCAGUAGCACCAGCUGAAAAAAAAAUUGAGUUCAUUAUUAACAGAUAAAACAAUUGAAGCAUUAGCCUUUCCUCAUUUAUUUCCAAAUGGACAAGGCUCAUAUGAUGAAGAACGUGAAACAAAUCUACAAUGGAAAGAAUAUUGUAAAGCACGUCUAUACUCAUCAGAUUCUCGCUUUGCUACUGAUUCAAGUUAUAUCUUUUAUCUACAGUAUUUAGGCGAUUUAAAACAAGUGUACUCUGGAAUUAACAUUGCUUUCCGAAAAAAAUUACCAAUGAGUGCUAAACAAAGUUUGGAUGAAAUGCAAAUGAAAUUUCUAAUGAAUAAAGAUAUGAUAUAUCAUCAUUUGCGAUCAGUGCGAGGUAGUCCACAAUAUUGGCAUCAACGUCUAAAAGAUUUAUUCGGAAUGACACGCCAACUAGGUUUUCCAACUUUUUUUAUUACUUUGUCAUGUGCUGAUUUACGUUGGAAAGAAUUUGUUUAUACAUUUGUGCGUCACACAGGACUUCCAGUUAAAGAAUCAUAUACAUUUGAAGAAAAAACAAAACUUUUAAGAGCAAAUCCUGUUCUAGCUGCUCGUCUGUUUGAAAGAAGAUUUAUGUCUUUUAUGAAUUUAUUUAUUAAAGGUGGAGCAUGGUGUGUCAGAAAUGUAAAAGACUGGUUUGCUCGUAUAGAAAUGCAAUUACGAGGUUCACCACAUUCACAUAUGCCAAUCUGGGUAGAAGGUGCACCUAAGUACAAUGGACCUCAAACAGAUGAAAAAACUCGUGAAGAGAUUGUGAAAUUUUGUGACAAAUACAUCACGACUCGAUUUCCAUCGUUAGAUGAAGAUGCUGAAUUACACAAUAGUAUCAAAGAAGUACAAACUCAUUCUCGUAAUCAUUCAAAGCGUUGUUUAAAAUAUCAUAAUACUUUGUGUGUUUUCGGAUUUCCACGUGCUGUUUCUAGACGGACAUUCAUAUGUGAACCAUUCAAAGCUGAUAAUGAUGACGAUAAACAAUAUUGUAAAAAAGUAAAAGAAAUUCUUACUGAAAUGAAUGGAACCAUGAACACAUUAGAAAAAGAGAAAAUGUUGUCAUGGUCCGAUU